AUGGCCCCUGCUACUGCGUACCGCCAGAGGAAGCAGAAGACAACAGACACAUCCGCCAAUGACUCCCAACAAGGCCGUGAAAAGCGGCAUCAGCCCACUGCCGGUCCGAGUGCCGCAUCUUCCUCUCAUCCUUCGACAACUCCCAUCUCCUCCGACACACCAGCUGACCCUCCGACCAUCACACGGCCUCCUGCUGCCCGUCGCCGCCCCAAACAGAAGGACGCAAAGGAUAUCGAGGAAGCAACUGCGGCUGCCUUCCGACGAUGGGUGCGCGUGCUGUGUGGAGCUAUCACACAGUCAUCGGGACUGGGUCGUGCGACGGAUGAAAUGGCGUGGUUUGAGAAGCGGCACAUGCCUGUGGAGAACAUGCAAGCGCAUGUGGAUAGGCUUGUUGUACAAAGCAAGCAGCCCAUCGCCUCUGCAGCUCACCGCGCAACACGCGUUCUGGAGCAGGUCCAGGAGGCGAAUCUAGAUACUGCUGGGCGGCCAACAAAGGGCACGAACGCGUUGGCCCUAGGCCAAAUUCCACAUUCCUGGCUCGCCCAUGCAUUCACUGUCAUUGCUGCUGCCGGCCUCCGCACAUCGCGACGGGGAGACUGCGUGCGGGGCCAGGACGGGGGGAGGGGCGCAUUAUGGUCACGGCGGGAUGCACGUGGGGAGGGACAGGGACGGACGGCAGCGGAGCGGGGCCUGUGCGCAGGUCGUAUAUAUCGGGGCCCGCGGAGAACGACGGGGAGCGCUUGCGGUCCGUGGGCCGGGCGGCGGGUGGUGGUGGGCAGCGGCGGGGGACGACGACGACGGGGCCCACGCUGGCGUCCACUCCUUCUCGGCGCGCUGCAGGCGCACAGCAACGGCGACGGACAGCGCAACGGCGACGACCAUAGGCGGCGAGGCGGCGGAGAGAAGGAAGGGCAGGGUCAAUCGAGGGGGCAUGCGGGCACCUAA